AUGGGCUUUAGAGAUUUGCAUGCAUUUAACUUGGCAAUGAUAGCAAAGCAGGCGUGGAACAUCAUGACAAAACCACAUUCUUUGGUGGCCAGACUUUACAAAGCAAGGUACUUCCCUAAUUCUUCUCUUCUUGAUUCCCAUAUUGGUCACAAUCCGAGUUAUGCUUGGUGUGGUAUUCGGAAAUCUCGGCACAUAUUAAUGAAUGGGUGUAGGUGGAUUAUUGGGAGUGGUACAAACAUAAACGUCAUGAAGGACCCUUGGUUGAGAGAGAAAGGUGGAACUUGGAUUCAUUCGCCGCAAGCACAAGGUGCGUACAAUAUUAAUGUUAAUAAUCUAAUGUUACCAAAUAUUAAGAGAUGGGAUAAGGAGAAAAUUGAAACUUUAUUCACCGAUGAGGUUGCAAAAUGUAUUCUUGAUAUUCCAUUGGUUGAUACGGUUGAGGGAGAUAAAUUGAUUUGGAUUGAUAAUAAUUAUGGUCAAUAUAGUGUCAGAAGUAGUUAUAAUUUGGUGAUGAAUAAUAUAGGGAAGAUGAAGAACACGGUACAACAAGAAAUUGGAAUCACAUUUGGAAAAUUCAUGCUCCACCGAAGGUCAAGCACCUACUUUGGAGGAUUUGUAAAGAAUGUCUUCCAACACGUGUUCGUCUUCAUGAACGAUGAGUUCUGCCAAAGAUAUCAUUCUUUCCAUUGUACAAACGAUGAUGCUGACACUGCUGGAAUGUUUGCUAUGUUGUUAUGGGUUCUCUGGAAUAACAUAAAUAAUAAGGUUUGGAAUGAUUCACAGGAGAUAGGGCGCAACCUUGGUUAUCAAGCACGACAACUAUGGCUGAAAUGGUUUUCUAUGCAGCGUUUACAGCAGGGAAGCACGCAUAAUGUGCAACAACAGGUUCUCUCUUGGCAAAAACCUCCCACAAGUUGGCACAAAUGCAAUAAUGAUGCAGGUUUCCAUAAUAAUUUGAAUAAAACUAGUGAUGGGUGGUGCUUGCGUGAUCAUUUAGGCAACUUUGUGCUAGAAGGAACUAAUUGGAGGGAAAGACAAUGCUCAAUAGUUGAAGGGGAAUCACUAGCACUUCUUGAAGCAAUGAAGGCCAUAGAGCAUCGAGGACUCACUCAUGUUAUUUUUGAAACGGACUCCCAAGAUUGUGGCUGA